UUGCUACCAUAACUGUCCCUCGAAUGGUUCAGCCCAACUGUCAUUUUGGAAAGGGAGAAGGAGAGACAGUGACAGAGCUGAUGCUGAGAAAAGAGACAAAUUGAGAAAGAAAAGGUGCAAAAUUAGAAGAAAAUUCAUAAAGGAAGGAAGAUCAACAUGGAGGAGAGCAAGAGAAGGAUUUUGACCCCAAAGGAGAAAGAAAUUCAGCAAUAUGUAAGCUGUGUAGAGGAGAAGGAGGAUAAGAUCAAGAAAGGGAGUCAAGAGGUGGUUGUAAGGAGCAAAACCCAUGUAGAAGAGAAGACCAGCGUUGAAGAAAAGAAGAAAAGGAAGCAUACUGAAGAAAACCUGGAUAAUAACAAGAAGAUCAAAUUAGAUGAUAAAGAAAUUCUUCAGGGAGGAGUUCAUGGACUGCGUGAGGAGCAGAAGGAUAAGAAGAGGAAGACUAAAAGACCAAGGAGCCCAGAAGAUCCGUUAGAAGGUGGAAGCGGAUAUAAAAAACCCUGUCUGGAUGUCAAAAGACCAGCCCCCCUGGAUAUAGAGAGCUACAGAUUCCAUAAAGAUCUCGGAAGAGGCAGCUUUGGCCGGGUGAUGUUGGCAACCUUUGCCCCAAAGAAACAACUUGUGGCAAUCAAGAUCAUCUCCAAAAAAACCAACAAGAGCAACUACGAGAACAUCAAGAAAGAAGCUCGACUCUUGAAGAUGGCCAACAGUUGCCCCUUUUUGUGUCAUUCAUACGCAGCCUUCCAAUCAGAGAUUCAAGCUUUCUUUGUGCUUGAGUAUGCCAGCGGGGGAUCAUUAUACAAAAUGAUAUCCAGGAAAGGAAAACUACCAAUGGAGAGAGUCAAGUUCUACACUGCAGAGAUUGUGAUCGGACUCCAGUUUCUGCAUUCGAAUGGCAUCGUUCAUUGUGAUCUCAAGCCUGAUAACAUCUUGGUGGAUAUGGACGGACACAUUAAGAUCUGUGAUUUUGGCCUCUCUGCUGAAGGACUGUUUGGCGAAAAGAUGAUCUGCAGAUUGUCAGGAACCCCAGGCUACCGGGCCCCAGAGGUUUUGAUAAUGAAUGACUAUAAUGCAGGGGCUGACUGGUGGUCAUUCGGCGUGAUCAUGUACGAAAUGGCCACAGGCAACCUACCAUUUGCCCCAUCAGUCAGUGCUCUGAGGGAGGUUUCCACCAUUAAGUCCUCAAAACCUGAUUAUCCAAGCCACAUGAGCCAGGAAAUGCUGGACCUCCUGUCAAAACUUCUGGAGAUAGACCAAAAGAAGCGCUUAGGAGUGAAAGGAAACAUCAGGGAGCACCCAUUCUAUGCUACAAUCAAGUGGAAAAGAAUGGAAAAGAGAAGAGUGAAGACCCCUUUCCGGCCAAAAAAGCCAUCAGCAGGUGAGUUACCAGCGAUUUCACCAGGAUUUCCUGCUGAUAGCUCUAAGAGAGAGAAGGUAGAAGAACUCUCCUAUGUGGCCUCCACCUGGAAUUGGCAGGAGUAA